AUCAAAAAAUGAACCCUACAACAUUUGACUCUGCUACAAAGAUUUGGAAAGGUCCCCAAACUAAUCCAAUUUUCAACACGAAAGCUGGACUUGGAGAGUUAUUGUUGGCUGUUCUUGCAAGAACUCCGAAUAAAGUCGCUCAAAUUAGCGAUAACAAUGGAGUAACAUUCACUUGUAAAGAAAUUCGUGAACGCAGUAUUCGGAUUGCGGAAAACUUGAAACUACGUGGAUAUAAAUUCGGUGACAUGAUGGCGAUCAUUAGUCGAAAUAAUCAUGAUGUUAGUGCCGUUGUUUUUGGAUGUCAUAUACUUGGUGCUCCUUUAAAUUGUUUAGAUCCGACUUUCGGAGAAGCUGACUUGUAUGGAAUGUUAAAUUUAACAAGACCUAAAGUUGUCUUUUGUGAAACUUUCAACUUGGAAACCGUUAAAAAUGCACUGAAAAGUGCCUCGUUAAAUUCUGAAAUAAUUUUACUUGGUGAAACGUUAGAAGGGCAUGAUCACGUGACUUCUUUACUUAAGGAAGUCGAUGGAUUAGUAGAAAAACAUUAUAUUCCUCCAAUCAUUGAACACCCUGAAGCUCAUACCGCCGUAAUACUUUGCAGUUCAGGAACCACUGGCAAAUCCAAAGGAGUUUGCCUUUCUCAUUCUCAGAUAAAUGUUCAAGCAGAGCCAUUUGCUGAAUUAUGUGAAGAAGACACAAGUCUAUGUUUCAGUACACUCUAUUGGGUAUCGGGCUAUUUGACUUUGGUGAUGGGAACACUUGUUGGUUUGCAACGUAUUAUUACCACAGAACCUUAUUCUCCAGCUACAAUGUGUCGUAUAGUUGAAAAAUACAAAGUAACUGCGACAAUCAAUCCUCCGUAUCAAAUCUCACAACUUUUGGGAUAUGAAAAUGUUGAUAAAUGUGACUUAUCAUCAAUACGACUAUGUCACUGUUCAGGCGGUUUUAUGUCAGAAAAUUUGCGAAAACAAAUGCAGAAACAUAUCAAUGGAAACGUUAUCGUCGGAUAUGGUAUGACCGAAGCAACCUUAUGUACAUUGACCUACCCUGAUAUCCAACUUGGAUGCGUAGGAGGUCUCCAAAAACGUGUUCAAGCAAAAGUGGUCGAUCCCGAUACUGAAACGAGAUUGGGUCCUGGAGAAAUUGGCGAAAUUCGAAUCAAAUAUCAAUUUGAUUUUCUUGGAUAUUUUGGCAAUGAAAAAAGUACCAAAGAAGCUUUUGAUAAAGAUGGUUUUAUUCGUUCUGGUGACAUUGGAUUUUUCGAUGAAAACUGUAAUCUACACAUCAUAGAUCGUAAAAAGGACAUUAUCAAAUACAACAAUUACCAAAUCUCGCCGUCAGAAAUAGAAGCUAUUCUACAGCAAGAAACAGGUAUCUUAAAUUUGUGUGUUGUUGGUAUCGAAGACAUUGAACAUGGCACAGAUUUACCAGCUGUUGUAGUUUUGAAAGAUAAGAGCUUGAAGAUCACGGAAGAAGAUAUCAUUAAAACUGCAGAACGUACUUUGCCAAACUAUAAACACUUGAGAGGCGGUUGUUACUUUGUUGAUGAACUACCAAUGACAUCCUCCGGAAAAGUUCAACGUAAAGCUGUGAAGGAAAUGGCCAACCAAUUUUACAAGAAAUCGUUUCAGAAGUAACAAAAACGUGACUUUGCUUUGA